CGCGCGGGAGCGGCGCGAUGGCGGAGUCGGGCAGCGGCGAGGAGGUGCUGCUGACCCCGGCGGAGCUGCUGCGGAGCCUGGAGCAGGCCUGGAUGAAUGAGAAGUUUUCCCCUGAGCUGCUGGAGAGCAAGUCGGAAGUGGUGGACUGUGUGGUCGAGCAACUGGAGCACAUGGAGGCGAAUCUGAAACGGGCCGAGAGGGGUGAUCUCAAGGUCAGCAUUCACCGCAUGGAGGUCGAGAGGAUCCGUUACAUCCUCAGCAGCUACCUGCGCUGCCGCCUCCGGAAGAUUGAGAAAUACUUUCCCCAUGUCCUGGAGAAGGAGAAGACUCGGGCAGAGGGGGAGCCAGCCCUCCUAUCACCGGAAGAGUUUGCCUUUGCCAAAGAGUACAUGGCAAACAUUGAGGCUCAUCUCAGAAAUGUGGCCUUGAAGCACAUGCCUCCCAACCUGCAGAAGGUGGAUCUCCUGAAGUCUGUUCCCAAACCGAAUCUGGAUUCCUUCGUAUUCCUGCGGGUGAAAGAGAGACAGGAGCAUAUCCUGGUGGAACCAGAGACUGAUGAGCAGAGAGAAUAUGUGAUUGACCUGGAUGAAGACUCUCAGCAUCUGAUCAGAUACCAAACCAUUGCUCCCCUGGUGGCUUCUGGGGCAGUUCAGCUCAUCUAAGCAGCAUGGAGAUGCUUGGACAUUCUUGCAAAUGCUGAAGCGGACAUUUAUCCCACAUCAAAAGGACUGCCUGGUGACCAUCUCUGUCUAGUUCCUGGUAAUUCACCUCCCUUUGCUUGCUGGCAUCUGGACGACUAAAAUAGCAACUUGAGAUCAUAUCAGGGGGAAUGUCCCCAGCAGACAGGAAAGAAGGGCUGUUACCCCUGGAAAGAGGAUUUUGGAGGUGGGGAAGCUUGACUUCCUAGGCAGUCUGGCUUCAGAAAGAGGCACGGCCGCUGUUCUGCUGCAUCUCCAGAAGAUGGCAAUGUUUCACUGGAUCUGUUCUGGGCAUUGCUGUCCGGUUCCUGCAGAAGCUUCUCCUCAGCUGAGAGGUCUGUGCCUGCCAAGUGUGCCUGGAAGGAAGGUGUGCCUCCUGCAAGGCGGUAGGACGACUGGGCGCAGCAUCCCUUCCUUUUCAGCUUAACUUCUUCAGUAGCUCCCUGGGUGACGUCAGAAAACACCAGCCGCUUCUUGCAGGGCCAGAAACAACUUUGGAGGACAUAGGCAGGAAUUAAAGCAGAGCAGCUUGUUCCA